AUGAGUAUUACCCCUGUUUUAGAUUUAGAGCCAAGUUUUAAGGAUCUUAGCAGGUGUUCAUCGAUAGAUGAUGGAGCGUUUAAAGCAAGCAGUCGGAUUGGAUUUAAGAAGAGUUUGAAAGGGACGAGAUUGAGGGAGAAGAUGGGGAGGAAGGGUAUGAAGAGUAAUGUUACAUCCAGCAGAUCAAUCUCUGCAGAUAGGAAGGAAGAAACAUUCAAGCCAUCAAUCAACUCGAAUCCUAAGGUAAAAAGGAACAUUCAAGAUUUAUUCCAGUGGAAAUAUCAACAAGAAAUGAAGUAUUUGGAAAGCCAGCAAGCCAAAGAGAGUCAGUUCCAGAAAGAACUUGGCCAGCUGAAAAAGAGGAAGAGGAAUAAAAUAUCAGAGAAACUCACAAAGAACAGAGCAGAAGAGCCAAUAGAAAUCAGGCUGCUUAGAGAAGGCAAAUUGAGGGAUAAGAGAAAGCAGCAGAAAGCUAAAAAUGAAUCCAAACCAACCUCUAUGCAUCAAAGAACUAGAAGGCAAAGGAUAAAAUCCUCUUGAGGCAGCGCAAUUGAAAUCAUUAGGGACUCCAAAGACUCUAGGAAUGAAACCGAGGCUUAUAUUACUGAACCUGAGAAUCAUAAGUUCCUGAUCAGCACUUCUUGCUUGGAUACAAGCCAAUUUGAUGAUAAACAAGUAUCAAAAGAUAAGAAUGUACCGGUAACUGAUAAAAAUGCUCAAGGAAGGCGUCAGACUCUUAAAAAUUGAAGUACUGAACCAGAUAAUUAUUUCUCUAAAACUGAAUUGAGGAAAGACUCAUUGAAAAUCUCAAAUUCUUUGGAUGAGAAGCCACUGAAUUUAUCCCAGAUUCGAAUGUCAACAAAGAGGAAAGACAUGUGUUCGAAAUAUUUGACUGAGAAAAGGAAUGAAAUAGAGAAGCUCUCACCUCAACUCCCUUCAGCUUUUGAGAUUCGGAAGGGAGUCACAAGGAAAUACUAUGAUAAAGCUCCAGAAUAUCAUGUUGAGAAAUUUGAUAAGCUCAAAAAAUCAAUUACAGGGACAAGUAUCCCUUCUCAAGAUGAGAGUAGUGGGAUUUCUAAUAACUUUAAUGGUCAUCAUGCAACUUCUCCUACUGAAUACUGGACCUCAGAUAGAAGGAUCGAAGAGCAAGCUACUCAAAACAGAUCAUUAGAUAAUAGUAAGAAAAAGAAGGAUAAGCAACAGUCGAAGAGCCUGUACUAUCAAUCAUUGUUUUCAAAAGUAGCCAAAAAGGCUAAUUUUGGAAAUGAGGAAAAGUGUCAACCUCAGAUUUCAAAAACUGUAUUUACACCAAAGGAGUACUUGAGAACCGAUGAAAAUAUAAAUAAUACGAGAGACUUGAAUCAAAAAUUUGAGAAUGAUCUAGGAAUUGGUUCAGCAAGAAAUUUUCCUCCUGAUUUAUUCUGCCAUCCUUUAUAUGCUCAGAACAGGAUUGAGAAACAGCCAGAGACUACUAGAAACAUUAUUAAUGAUGGAAAUCAGAUAUAUUACACACUAACACCUGCUGAGCCUCAGCAACUUCUAAUCGACCCUAAAUAUGAAACAACCAAGCACAAUAUUCUCCAUCAAAGGAACCAGACCACUACUGCUUACGCUUUCCCUUAUCCUCAGAAUCAAGAUAGAAUAUCUCAUGGGUGAAUUAUCAGUCAUGAGACCUUGAAACCAGUCGUUGAAGUUUCAAAGGGAUGUUUAAACACCUUCACAUCUCAAAGCAAAAUGAAACCUCAGAUAGACACUGAUAUAAAAUCCCAUAUGAUUAACAAGAUGCUAGAGAGCGACCAAUUCCGCACCUCUCAUCACAGUAAGGCGAACUCUAUCGAUUUGGAUUGCCCUUCAGCUCAAAUCCAUAAAGCCAUGAAAUCGAAAUCUUUUAUCAAAACAAGGCAAGCAUCUCUAUAACUCUUUAGCAAGCAGAGGUCUUCCAAGAGCAGGUCAAAGAGCAAGAAAGCUAAAAAGAAACCUCUGACUACAAAAAAUCACUCAAAGCCUAACAUCACUGUAGACUUUAUAGCCAGGAACAAGCGGUGGCUCCAAAAGAAGAAGAAUAAGCAGAAGAAGAUCAAGGAAAUUGAAGACCAGAAGAAACUUCAAGAGUGUACAUUCAAGCCUAAAACUCUUGGCAAAGAGUUUACUAAGAAGAAGAAGACUGAGAAAUUGAGAAGUAAGAUCUCUAAAUCUCU